GAGGAGGAGGAGGAGGAGGAGGAGGAGGAAAGAAAAACGAAACAAGCACAAAGGCCUUUAAUUCCAGCACUUGGGAAGUAGAGGCAAGCAAAUCUUUGUGAGUUUGACGCCAGCCUGGUCUACAUAGUUAGUUCCAGGACAGCCAGUAUGACACAUAAAAAAAACCUGUCUCAACAAACAAAAACACAAGAAUGAAAAAAAUGAAGAGUGGGAGGGAGGAAGGAAGAAGAAAAUAUAUCAAUGCAGCAGGAUCUACUGAAAAAAAAUAAAAGAAUAAAAAAGGUCUAGAAUCUAAAGAAUAUAUGAAAAAAAAACUUGAAAGAUAAAGUUGAGAUUGUCUCCAAAAAGUAGAGCAAACUACAAUAUACACAGGAAAAUGAGGAUCUGAAAAAUGAAGGUUAUUCUAGAUGGGACAAUACUCAAUUUAGGCAGUUCUACAAUUAGUAUUAUCAAUCAAUGGAAUAAUUUAGAAAUGAAUUUUCUCAGAACUGAGUGGUAUAACUUCCAGAUUGGAAGGGAACCAGUUAUCCAUCUGACUGAUGAAAUCAAACUUUAAAAGGCACAGGAUCAUGAAUCUGAAAAUACUGACUUUAGUACUUUGAGGACUAGGGAGAGGCAAGGUAGACAAGAUGACAAAGACUGAGAAAAACGUAAGUACUGAAACUUAAAACAGUAGAACAAUGGCCAUCAGUAUUUUGAGGCAAAAUUAUUUCCCAACUAGAAUUCAAUUUCUAGCCAAAAUUACUCAAGGUUAAAAACAGCAAAAACGUCCUUCCUGUGGUCCUUGGAAGUUAUGAUGCCCUACCAAAAAAAAACGAAACAAUAAAACAAGGCAAAUAAUUCUUAAAGCCAGGAAUCUGUAAUAAAGACUAUGGAGAAUCUGUACAUGAAAGUCAGACAUGAACAGUGGAAGCAUCAUCCACUGGUCAGUGUGUCUAGACUCAGCACAGCAACAGGCUCCAGGAGAGGCUUUUCAUGUAGUUGACAGGGAAAUAUUUAGUACACACUACUUACUGAGAGAUUUCCUAUAGAACAGCAUGAGAAUAAAUUCAUGACAAAAAAAAAACUUGAAAAAAUAAACACAUUUUAAAAAGCUCAGUUUAGCAAAACAAAAAAGUCUAAAAUGGAAAGAGUAAUCAUGCUACAUGGUUCAGUAACAAUAAUUUACAUAUGAUCAUGACAUUAUAAACCUUGAAAAUUCAUCUGGUAAAAUUCACUAAGUAUUUGUUAGAAAUGAACAGCCAAUGUACUGGAGGUUACAGUAGUGAAUACUUGAAAGAAACAGUAAUUUUUAUCUUCCACCAUUACAAAUCAAUCUACAAUAUCAAUACAACACCCCAAAUUGAAUUAUCAAAAAGCAUCAAUUUAAAUAUAUACUUAGGUUUGCACAUAAUUGCAAAUAUAUAUUCCUCUGGGCUUUUUUAUCUACAUAUAUACUGAAAAUCUUUAGCACAAGUAUUUAAAUUAUUUAUAAGGGUUUUUUUUUCUUUUUGUUAGCUCUGAAGCUAAUAACACAUCCUAGAAAACUACUGAGUCUUGGUGUCCACAGGGACUGUUCAGUUUGUUAAGGUUAGUUAGUAUACAGGAUAAUGAAAGGCAAUGUGAUUGCUUCAUAUUUUCUGUAUUUUAAAAGAAAAAUAUAUGUAAAGGGGAAAAAGGAAAUCAGUAUGUCAUCAACCUCUAAAGUUUAUCUCUUAAAACGAAAUUAUUCUCUUUUCUCUUAGGCCUUCAGUAUGAAAAUCACACACUUCAUGACCGUGUUUUGGCCACUCUCUAUGCUUCUAUUUGACAAAAGCCAGGCCUCUAAAACAGAAGUCAAAUGUAAUUUCACCAGAAGGAAUUAUUCCUUUAUUCCAGAGGGUAUCAGUAACAGUGUUACCAUCCUUGAUCUCAGUUCUAACCAGAUCACUCUGAAUGCUUCAGACAUCAGGGUGCUCCAGAUGUAUUCUUUACUCACUGAGCUCUACUUGAUGGAAAACAGCAUUACUGCCAUACACAAUAAUAGUUUCAGUAAUCUCUCCAACCUAGAAAUUUUAAACAUCUGUGGAAAUUCCAUCAGUGUAAUUGAACAGGGCUCAUUUGUUGGCUUAAAUAAAAUAAAACAGUUAUAUCUUUGCCAAAACAAAAUAUUACAACUGAAUCCCAAUACAUUUGUACCUCUAUUCAACCUGAGAGUUCUGAAUCUGCAAGGCAACUUGAUAAACCACUUUGAUGUGCCACAAGGAUUCCAUCUGGAGCUGCUAACGUUGGAUGGAAAUCCAUGGAACUGCACCUGUGGUCUACUCCAGCUGCAGAACUGGCUGAACACGUCUAAUGUGAUAUUAGAGAAUGAGAACAUCACCACGUGUAGCUACCCAGAUGACCUAAAGCACUACAGCAUUAAGUCAGCACCAUUCACUGCUGAAUGCCACUCGAAAUUUAUUUCCACUAUAACUGAAGAUCUGUAUAUUGAUUUUCCGUCCAUUGGGAAUUCAACUUCUAAUAGCUCUUUCAAAAAUGUAACACGGAACUCAGAACAUGAACCUCUUGGAAAAAGCUGGGCUCUCCUUGUUGGCGUUGUCGUCACUGUACUGCUGACGUCACUCCUCAUCUUUAUUGCUAUCAAGUGUCCAAUAUGGUAUAAUAUUCUGCUUAGUUACAAUCAUCAUCGCCUGGAAGAGCAUGAAGCGGAAACCUACGACAACGGCCUUACUAGAAACCCAAGCUCCCUUUCACAAAUAACAGAUACAAACUCUGAAGACAUUACAGUAAUAUUCGAACAACUGCAUUCAUUUGUGGAGAAUGAUGAUGGUUUUAUUGAAGACAGAUACAUCGAUAUCAAUGAGGUACAAGAAGAAAAAUAAUUUAUCAUGUUGAAAAUUUGAAAAAAUAUUUUUAGUCUACUUAUAGCUUAGACAAAAAGAUUUUUAUUUGCAAAAAAAACUUUAACAAGCAGACCAUCAUAUUAAUCAGUACCUUAUGUAAAUAUCAUAUAAUUUUUUUGCUGUAUUGCACAAGCAAGUCCAAAUGCAGUAACUUAUACUCUGGUUAGCUAAAAGCUGAAUAAUUUAUCUACACUACCACCACUUACUAGUGUCAGGAGUAUUCGGAAAACCACAAACUGGUAAAAAACAAAGCCCAAGAAUGAUUAUUUACUAACUAAAAUGAACAGAUGCUGGUAUUAACAAAUGCAUGUGCUGCAAUGUCUGAGAUUAUACUAAAAUUUUAACCAAUAAAGAAAUAUAAAAUUUAGAUUUAUAUCAUCAGAGUGAGGAUCUUUGACUACAGAAAUUAGUCUAAUGCUCACAAAUGAAUCCACUGAAUGGAGAAUAUUUUUUAAUGCUGCCUGAACCUAAAAAAACAGUUUCCUUAAAAACUGGCAGCAAUUUAAAGCAUAGGCACAAUAUUUAGGAAUAAUGCCUAAUAAUCACUACUGAUUUUGACAGUGAUUUUUUAGGAAGGGUUCCACAUACAAUUGCUAUACUCAAUAUUGCAAUGGCUUCUAAACUGGCCAUCACAACUACUCAUGAAUUUUCUUUUAAAACACACAUUUCUGUAUCUCUUUUGGGAGAUUAUUUUUCAAAUUAUUCUCAGCUAGAGCUGAGGAAUACUUAGGUAAUCCACACAUAUCUGUUUGUGUUUCAAUAAACAGAGCAAUGCUUCCCAAAUUGUUUUCUAGCUGGGCGGUGGUGGCGCACGCCUUUAAUCCCAGCACUUGGGAGACAGAGGCAGGCAGAUCUCUGGGAGUUCGAGGCCAGCCUGGUCUACAAGAGCUAGUUCCGGGACAGGCACCAAAGAUACAGAGAAACCCUGUCUCGAAAAACCAAAAAAUUUUUUUAAAAAAAUGUUUUCUAAAACACUGAUUUUCCACAAUGACACUGACAAGCAUUUACAGAAAAAGAAAAAGUUACCUAGUCAACUUACCAAAAGAAUCUGAAUUUAAACAAGAUGAACUAAGAAUCUUUCCUUUAGUAUUGAUAUAGACUUUACUAAACUGAGGUGUUCUCUGUUAACUCAGAGUAAAAUACUGAGUUUUGAAGAGCAUAUACAUAGCAUGUGGAAGACCCUGGGUUUUUACUCCCACAUAUACAUAUAUAUGUACACACACAUACACACAAAGAAACUUUAAAAUUUACUUGACAAUCAAACCCUUCCUUGGAAAUAUAGCUAAAAGCUCACAGCACAUUAAAAGACCAAAGGACACAUUCUGGAAACACUAGCCCUAAAUAGAAAGGGUCUAUCUAAAGCAAAAUGGUUACCAAUCCUCGUAUAAUGGAUUAGCUGCCAAUAUAAUUUGAACCACUUACCAGUUUAAAGAGUGCAACCAAAAAUUAGCAAAGUCUGUGAUUUACCAUUCUAUAUGUGGGAAACUCAAUGUAUUUAUCUGAUUAUUUUUGAGAUAAGGCUAUGGCAAAACACUGAACUUUUGAACUUUACUUGUGGAUGAAAUAUGUAACAUAUUUUCUAUGAUUUUCGUCAUCCACAUACACAGAAGAGGACAGUGGCUAGAGUUGAAGAUGGAGCACAGCUGGAAAUGUGCUGACAAAACUUGGAAUUAGAUACAUGGGCAUACAAUGCUCCAAUUCUGAUGUUCCAAUUUCUAGUUAAUAAAGAUAUCCCAAAAAUGUACAUGAUAACAUCUUACAAAAGACUAGUAAUGUAGAUCAGUUAUAUAAACAGUGCCGAUAAGAUAGCUCAGCAAUUCAACUUCCAUGCACCAAAGCCUGACAAUCUGAGUUCAAUCCCCAGACCAACAUGAUGGACAGAGAGAAUCAAGUUGUCCUCUGAGCUCCACAUGUACACUACGUUACAAGUGUACCAACACACAUAUACAUACACACACACAAUAAUAAAUUUAGAAAUUUUUAAAGGUGGGAGCUGGAGAGAUGGCUCAGAGGUUAAGAGCAUUGCCUGCUCUUCCAAAGGUCCUGAGUUCAAUUCCCAGCAACCACAUGGUGGCUCACAACCAUCUGUAAUGGGGUCUGGUGCCCUCUUCUGGCCUUCAGACAUGCACACAGAGUAUUGUAUACAUAAUAAAUAAAUAAAUAAAAAAUUUUAAAGGUUAUAUAAAUAGUACAUUCAGUUGGAAUGUUCACAGAUGGAAAAUAAAAUAUAUCCCUUGAACCAAAUGACUUAUUUGUGUUAAUACAUAUUUUAUUAUAUUUAUAGUAACACAAAGAAUAUAAACAUAUCUAAUCUUAUGAAUUAUAAAUUAUUUAAGUAUCAAUUUUAAAACAUAAAGCAUCUUUAUCUAAAUAAUCUAUCACUCUACUUAAAUAACAUUUCCUUCUAAGAUCUAAAAAUUAAUUUUUGGGAAAUAGUAUAAAAUUAUAAAUAAGCCCAGAUUAUACUUGAUCUCUUACAUCCAACAUUUUAUUAUUGGGUAGUUAGUAAAUAUCUGACUGAGGAGGAAUAAAUGAACAUAAAAUUGUGACUAAUAUGCUUUUAAAGGACAACUGAUUUUGACUAAUGCCAAACUAGAAAGAUAACUCAAAAUCAUAUAUUUACUAUGUAAACAUUGUUGCAAUCAUUUGCUGAGGCUAUACCUACAACCAGCUUAUACUAGACAGCUUUUCCAUAACAAACCAGAGACUCAAAUCACACUAAAUGAUGGCAAAAAUGGAAGCUUUUUCCAUGUUGUCAAUAUGAAUGGCCUUCCUUAGUUCCUCUAAAUACACAGACAAGAUUAAGCUAGUGACCAAAUACUUUUCAAAUCUUUUACUUUUUAUUUCUAGAAUAUAUACUUUUAAAACAUAUAACUGUAAAAUUUAUACAUACAAUUUGGGUCUUAGCAUAACUUCUGAGAUAACGACAUAGGGACACAUAGGUUUUAAAUUCU